AUGUAUAAAUUGUUAUGUUAUUUUUUGAUUUUUGUUUAUUUUGAUGGAUCACACACUCAUAAUGGCUUAAAUAUUGAUAUAAAUUAUAAUAAUGAUUUAAACAUUGAUAACGAUACCAAUUCGUUUAAAAGUGAUAUAUUGGCGAACCAAUUACCAGUUCCAUAUCUAUAUAUUAAACCCAAUGAGCUAGAAAAUGUACACCAAAUUGCUGAAUCUGCUCUGGAAAAUGAAUCCAUCAUCGCAGAAACUGAAGAUGUGUACGAGAAGAUAUUAUCUGAAGUAGAAGAGAGAACUCCAGAGGAGAUGAUAAUGGAUAUAAUAGGGAAAAUUAACAAAUUGGAAGCCUUAAAAGCUCAAUUAGGAACUGAAGAGUUUCUUAUUACUCAUACCACUAUAUAA